UAUUAAAACUCUUACAGAUAGAUAGGAAGACAGACAUGUUGGGUGGAGUGUGACACUGAUUUGCUUACCAGAGGAACAUUGUUUGAUGAGCAAUGGCAUCAUCCUUAAUGUUACCAGCUGCUUCAAUGCUGAGACCAUCUGCCACUUCAUCCUCUACUUCACGAAGACUUGCUCUCUUUCACCUUGUCACCACUGGUGCUAUUGCUCUCCCACAAUGUAAGCUGUUUGGUGCAAAAGGAUCAGAUUUGUUAAAAGUAGCAGAGGCUACUGCUGCGGAAAAUAUAGUCCAGCCAGAUAAAUUUUUGUUUGAUUGGGUUAAGAAUGACAACAGAAGAUUUCUCCAUGUUGUGUACCGUAUUGGGGACUUGGAGAAGACUAUAAAGUUCUACACUGAAUGCCUUGCCAUGAAGCUUUUGAGGAAACGUGAUAUACCUGAAGAUAGAUAUUCUAACGCUUUUCUUGGAUAUGGGCCCGAAGAUUCUAAUUUUACAGUUGAACUUACUUACAAUUAUGGAGUGGAUAACUAUGACAUUGGAAGUGGCUUUGGUCAUUUUGGUGUUGCAGUUGAAGAUAUUUACAAGAGGGUAGAUCUAAUAAAGGCAAAAGGAGGAAAGGUUACAAGGGAACCAGGGCCUGUUAGAGAUGGCAGUUCGGUAAUUGCUUUCAUUGAAGAUCCUGAUGGUUAUAAGUUUGAACUUUUGGAGAGAAGACCUACAUCUGAACCUCUAUGCCAAGUGAUGCUUCGUGUUGGCGAUCUCGAUCGUGCCAUAGCCUUCUACCAAAAAGCUGUCGGAAUGAAACUUCUCCGCAAGAAGGACAAUCCUGAGGACAAGUACACUGUAGCCUUUUUGGGCUAUGGUCCUGAAGAUAAGAAUACUGUUCUAGAACUAACAUAUAACUAUGGCGUUACUGAUUACGACAAAGGAAAUGGUUACGCUCAGAUUGCAAUAGGCACAAAUGAUGUCUAUAAGACUGCAGAAGCAAUCAAAUUAUGUGGGGGGAAGAUUAUCCGUGAACCGGGGCCCUUGCCUGGUAUCAACACCAAGAUUGUAGCUUGUUUGGACCCUGAUGGCUGGAAAUUGGUAUUUGUUGAUAAUGUCGAUUUUCUGAAGGAAUUAGAGUGACAAUAACAUGGUUCUAGAUUCCAUACAUCUCCACUGAAAUCACGCAAGUCUCAAUAAUUUUGUCAACGAAACCUUAGAGGAGUACUGUCAAGUCUUCACCUUUAAAAAGAAGUAACCUCCAAUCGCUGUGAGAGGCAAAGGGAAAGAAA